CAUUGCACAGCGCAGAAACUAGAGGGCCACCCAAACUGAUUUUCAGUAGAGCAGGCAGCAGUCAUGUUGUGGAGGAGGAGCGAGCGAAGGAAGGGACGUGUGGGGGUAGCACGCUCUGGAAGAAACACCGAGGAGGCAGAGAGCUACUAACUCAAAAUAGGUGGAUUGGAUGCAGUGUUCUUUUUUGAAAGAUACAAACGGACUGGCCAAGAACUCGAUAAGCUCACAGCUGUAAGCUACCCUGGAGAUGGGGGACAAGGCGGGGACCAGGGUAUUCAAGAAGUCCAGCCCCAACUGUAAGGUCACAGUGUAUCUGGGUAAGAGAGAUUUCGUGGACCACCUGGAUCAAGUGGACCCCGUAGAUGGUGUGAUCCUGGUUGACCCAGAAUAUCUGAAAGACAGGAAAGUGUUUGUGACCCUCACCUGUGCGUUCCGCUAUGGCCGCGAGGACCUGGACGUCCUUGGCCUGUCCUUCCGGAAGGAUCUGUACAUCUCCACGUUCCAGGCCUUCCCGCCAAUCCCGGAAGAGCGCAAACCCAACAGCCGCCUGCAGGAGCGGCUGCUGAGGAAACUAGGACAGCACGCACACCCCUUCCACUUCACCAUUCCCCAAAAUCUCCCCUGCUCCGUCACACUGCAACCUGGACCUGAAGACACUGGAAAAGCCUGUGGAGUUGAUUUUGAGAUCAGAGCGUUCUGUGCCAAAUCUGUGGAGGAGAAGAUACACAAAAGGAAUUCGGUGCGGUUAGUGAUCCGUAAGGUGCAGUAUGCCCCAGAGAAGCCGGGCCCCCAGCCCAUGGUGGAGACCACUAGGAGUUUCCUCAUGUCCGAUCGCUCGCUCCACCUCGAGGCAUCUCUCGAUAAAGAGUUGUACUACCAUGGAGAACCCAUCAGUGUCAAUGUUCACGUCACCAACAACUCAACCAAGACCGUCAAAAGAGUCAAAAUCUCUGUCCGGCAGUAUGCUGAUAUCUGCCUGUUCAGUACGGCGCAGUACAAAUGUCCAGUGGCGCAGCAGGAGGCAGAUGACCAAGUGUCAUCCAGUUCCACCUUCUGCAAGGUGUACACGCUGACGCCCACGCUCACGAACAACCGUGAGAAGCGGGGGCUUGCCCUGGACGGUAAACUGAAGCAUGAAGACACCAACCUGGCCUCCAGCACAAUCGUGAAGGACGUCAGUAACAAGGAGGUCCUGGGGAUCCUGGUGUCCUACAGAGUCAAGGUCAAACUGGUGGUUUCGCGUGGAGGGCUCUUAAGCGGAUUGUUGGAGAGGGACGUGUCCGUGGAGCUGCCGUUUGUCCUGAUGCACCCCAAACCCACAGACCUCCCCCUCUCACGCCCACCCUCAGCUGUUCCUGAUAACGACCCUCCCAUUGACACAAACCUCAUUGAGUUUGACACAAAUAGCUUCUCCCAAGAUGACGACUUCGUGUUUGAAGACUUCGCCCGACUGAGGCUCAAAGGAGUGGCGAAUGAGAAGGAUGAAGAUUGCUAAAGCUCCAG